AGGGAUAAAGUUCGUUAUCUUCAUCCUCUUGUAGACAUUACUAUAUUGUUGUAUUUAUUUAUAUAUAUAACUCUUCCUUAAACCAAAUCUGUGACAGAACAAACGUAACUGGAAUUUCUGAAAUACCCACAUGGAGUUUGUACCAAAUCAAUGCCCUUGGAUGGGUUCCUUCGGGAAUUUCGUUGAGAGGGUCAAAAGGGUGGGUGCCCUCUUCGUCUCUGCCAUCAUUGGGAACAUCUUCUCCGCGAUCUUGACCUUCUGCUUUGCAUUAGUUGGCACUUUGUUGGGGGCUAUGACUGGAGCCUUGAUAGGCCAAGAGACAGAGAGUGGUUUCAUUCGAGGGGCCGCUAUAGGUGCCAUAUCAGGAGCUGUUUUUUCCAUUGAAGUGUUUGAAUCUUCCCUUGUUCUUUGGAAAUCUGACGAAUCUGGAAUUGGGUGUGUCUUAUACUUGAUUGAUGUUAUUUCUAGCCUAUUGAAUGGGAGACUAGUGCGUGAAAGGAUAGGUCCAGCCAUGUUGAGUGCUGUCCAAAGUCAGAUGGGUGCGGUUGAAAUAAGCUUUGAUGAGGUACAAAACCUCUUUGACAUUGGUGGCGCCAAAGGUUUAUCGAGAGAUUCAGUUGAAAAGAUCCCAAAGAUCACAAUUACAAGUGACAACAAUGUUCAUGCUUCUGGGGAGAAAGAUUCAUGUUCAGUUUGCCUCCAGGACUUUCAGCUUGGGGAGACUGGUAGAAGUUUGCCUCAUUGUCAUCACAUUUUUCACCUACCUUGCAUUGAUAAGUGGCUGAUCAAGCAUGGUUCUUGCCCAUUAUGCAGAAGGGAUCUGUAAUUUUGUAUCUGCAAAGUAUACAAACCGUAAAAAUAGCUAGGUUAACUCUUUCAUUUUUUAUAUAUAAGGGAAUCUACUUUUAGGAAUGUACACUAUGGAUAAAUGUAGUCGGAACUAGGAACCAACCAUCCCAUGUCAUUCAUGAGUGGCAUAAUUGUAAUAAGUUACUAGAAAGAAAGUUUUGACAUAAAUCAGCUGCUAUUUCUUGUAUA